AUGCUAGUUGUGGAUCAAGAUGACAGGUCUUUGCAACUCUUGAGCCAACCACUGACAGUCGUUCUCGCAUCCACAACCAGCAGACCACCACCAACCGUACGCCAAUACUGCCAUCGCAUAUACACGGUCACAGCUAGAUACAAUACCACACCACACCAGAGCAUUACUCAACACUACAACACCUUCCGUCUUUCGAAGAUGGAGUUCGGAGGUGUCGACACUGUCAUUGGGAACUUGAAGCUGGCGCAACUCGUCAAAGUCUACCUCAACAACGACCCCACAGCAUAUCACUUGCCCGUGAGCGCUUUCGACUCUAGCACCGGAAUCCUUGCAGGCCGAGUCGAGAACCGCCGAGCAGAGAGCCAUGGCGCCCUUAUCCACCUGGGGUUGGAAGGCGAUUAUUGUGCCCUCAAGAUCCUGCUUUUCUGGCUGGCCAAGCGAGAUAUGCCAGAAAACUUCGACGGCUAUGGGGACAAGGACCAGCUAUGUCGCCUUCUCACUGAUUGCUGGUUGGUGGGUGACAAGUACACGCUUUCCGAGUUCCAGGACUUGAUUAUGCUGGAGCUUCUUCACUCACUUCAGCAUCACACUGCGUGCCUCACGACCAUAAAGCACGUCCUUGAUCAUACGGAAUACGGCUGUCCACUACGGAUGCUCAUGGUAGAGGAGCUGACGCUCGCGACGGAGGCCGACGGCUUCAACCCGGAUCUCUCGUUCUUUGCUGACAUUUCCGGUGCAUUCGCGGAGUUCGUUCAUAGCAACAACGAGCGCAGCACCCGGUAUCCUGAUGUAGUGGACAGACUCGGUGGGGAGCUAUGGAAAGAGUACAUGCUAGAAGACGGACCGGCCAAGCACUGGAUCUGGGAGGUUUGA